UACAAUUAGUAUUUGACUGCGCGCAGCCGACAAGAUGGCUGCCCAGCCCUACACGGGUCCUGUCGUCGCGAAAGACGUUGCCCCACCGCCUGCCGUAGAUCCCAAGGCAGAGUCCGCUGCGGAAGGCGCGUUGGAGGGGGCCAAGGUCAAAGGCGAAGAAGAUGAGCAAGAGGACGGCAGCAUGUGGGAAACAGCCUCACUAUUCGAGGAGAUCCUGGAUGAAGUCGAGGCCUUUGAGUACUCUACCAACGGCAUGGACGCGUGCACCGCCGACGAAGCGCGACAACUCAAGAACCGCCUGCAUGACGUGGGUGCCAGCCAGUUUGUGAUGGAGAACAUUACCAGCGAAAAGAUGACGGCGCGCAAGUUGUGCACCGCGUUCGGCGUGAGACUUCCUAAAUUCCUCGACAACGCUCCAGACGAGAGCUUCUACCAGCUGCUUGGCCUAGCGAUUAACCGCGAGCUCAACAAACGUCGAAGACUCGACCAAUAUCAGACCAUUGACGACGCUGCAAAACUGCUACGAGAGCGCAAGAACAUCAUGGUCAUCACCGGCGCAGGCAUCUCCACAAGCCUCGGCAUCCCCGAUUUCCGCUCCAAGAACACCGGGUUCUACUCGCGACUGCUUCAGAUGGGCUAUCAAGAGCCGGAACAGGUGUUCGACAUUCAUAACUUCGACGACGACCCGCGGACCUUCUACGCUCUCGCCGGCGACAUCAUCCCUGACUUAGAAAAGUGGACGCCUACGCACGAGUUCAUACGGCUGCUACAGGAUAAGGACAAGCUGCUCACCAACUACACCCAGAACAUCGACAACGUGGAGGCGCAUGCUGGCAUACGGAAAGAUAAGCUGAUACAGUGUCAUGGCUCGUGGGCAAAUGCGACAUGUCGGAAAUGUAAGUACAAAGUUCCUGGGGAAGAAAUCUUCGACUCUGUGCGCGCACAAAAGCCGGCUGAGUGCAAGCGCUGCAUUGAAGAGAUUGCUGCACAAAAGCCGGGUUUGAAGCGAAAGCGAUCAUCUCACGGAGGCGCCAGCAGGAAAAAGCGAUCGAGCGGCGAGGAUUCGGAGUCAGACGGUGCAUUCGACAUCCCACAGCCCGGUAUUAUGAAGCCAGACAUUACGUUCUUUGGCGAAGCACUCCCUUCGAACUUCUUUGAUCGUUUGAAAGACGAAGACCGAGACAAAGCAGACCUGGUGAUCGUCAUGGGCACGAGUAUGAAAGUCGCGCCUGUGUCAGAAAUCCCAAAUUUCUUGCCGCGUGAUGUGCCACAGAUCUAUAUUUCACGAGAUCCUAUUCACCACAUCAACUUCGAUAUCAAUCUGCUAGGUGAUUGCGACGUAAUAGUAGCUGAACUUGCGCGCCGUGCAGGCUGGGAUCUCGAGCACAAGAUGAUCCCAGAGGGACAAAAGACCGAGAUCGGUACUAUCAACGAAGAGGACCAUACGUACAGCGUGAAAGCCACAGGUCCGGUGCCAGAGAACAACAACGAGAUCAAGGCACAAAUCAAUACCGAAAGUAAGAAUAAAAAUGCAUGAGCUACAUGAUGGGCAUGGCGUAAGCUAUUGAGGGCGUUUGGAAGGGUGGGCAUCCCCAAGAGGUUUACGACACUAGACCUCACAACAGUGUUGCGGAUGACGAGAAGGAGUCUGGCGUUUGAGAUGGAAGUCCAUGGGCGGAAGGGGUAUAGUCAACACCUUUGGAAACGGGUCUGUAAUCGACAGAUUUAGAACGAAGGUGGCAAGACCUGUACAUCAUCUAAUAAAUGACGGAUAUAUUCCUCCCGUGUACCACGUUUUGUAGCACUUAUCAGCCACAUGUCAGUCCUCGCAUAGACCGUCUCAAUCAAUACAUGUUACUGGC